AUGGUUUCCGACGAGCACUACGAGAUCUGCCUACCGAUUCUCCAGGAUGCCACCCUCGAGGACGAAGACAAGACGGACAAGCUAGAAGAUCUCCUGCGAAACCAGACGACUCUGAAUGGCUCCUCACUAGAUAAUGCGAUCCUGGAUGUCCUAUGGCGGUACCGUGACGGAGGUGGACUGGCGGCCUCCCCUCCCCCUAUCCGUCAGACUAUCUUGCGGCGACCAUCACCUGCAUCAUGGCGCGGAAAUGCCACUCCUCUCUCUGGCUCGCCCAGGCUUGGAGUCAGCCCUUUGGCCCCUGCAGGCUUUGUUCCGUCCUUUACUCCAUCUUUCACGAGAACGAAAUCGUCUGCGGCUUCUCCCUUCUCCUCUCCGAGACCCUCUCCGAGACUCGCAUUUGCGACACCCGCCAUACCCAAUAGCCCGAACUUGAACGCAUAUGAGUUCGCAAACGACAGGUCACCUUCUCAUGAAACUUUUGGCGACUAUCAGACGGAAAACGUGGAGUGGCUUGUCGCCGAUGAUGCUAUCAGCGUCACAUCAUCUGUCGGAACCUCAAGUGGUCUGAAUGCUGCUGCCCCUGAGUUUUCCUCCAUGUCGUCACAGCAAGCUGACAUGUCUCCAUAUGACAUGCUGCGUUCAAUACUCGGCCGGACGCGAACCGAUGAGGAGAUUGAAGCAGCUCUUGCCCUCCAUGGCUACGACCUAAGUGCAACGAUUGCAUCAAUCAUGGAAAGUCAGGCGCAAGAAAACGGAUAUAGCACCUCGCAGCCCGACGACAAUAAGGUGUCUCUGAUAGGAAAGGCGCUUGCUGCAGAAGGACGGCCCAGUACCCCAGCUGGACAAAGGUCGGGCGUCAUCUGCAAAUUCUACAUGUCCACGGGACAAUCGCAUCUGAUGAACAAGCUGGCGCUGGACGGCGCCAGUACUCCGCCAACAAAGCAGGCCAACUUGUCCGAUCUGAACUUGUUCCCAGCACUUCCACCCGGCACGCCUGAUCACAUUGGCAGUUAUAGCGGAAGCCCUGGUGUUACAAUCGGGCUUACGCCCCCACCCGGCCUGAAGCCGUUCUACGCGAGUGACAGCCCUCGGUCUAGAUCUCGCCCAGGAAGCCGACACCAGCAAGCGAGGGAACUUGUGGCUCCGUCGCUGGACGAUGCAGACGCGUUCCCUACUCUAGGCUCUGCUGCGGCGAAGCAAGGCAAGAAACACCACGGGAAAAGGGGUGGACACGGCCACAAUCAUAAGGAAAAUUACGCACCAAACUCUCUCGCUGAAAUCGUCAAGAUGUCGCCGUCUCCAGGGCCAGCUUUGCUCCGCCAAGAUAUCAAAAAGAUUGGACGAAAUGGAAGCUCAACCAAUAUUCGGAACGGGGAAAACAGCGCGGCAGCACAGGCGAUCCAGAAUCCGAAACACAUUCCGUGGCUAGAAACCGGCGAAAGAGCCAACAAGGCCUACCUCAAAGCUCGACAAGAAGCUAUUAAGCACGGCGGUCUCAGGAAUAAGUUCCUCCAGAGCGCUGCUCAAGCAUGGAACCGGAACGAUGCUAGGGCUGCCAAAGCUCUGAGUCUACGAGGCCAGAGCGAGAACGACCUGAUGCGGAAGGCACAUCGGGAAGCAGCGCGCGAGCUCUAUGAGGAACGCAACAGAGGCAUUGCGAACAGUUCCGAGAUAUAUGUAGACCUACAUGGACUUCACCCUGAAGAAGCCGUGGAAUACCUUGAGCGGGUUCUGAUGGAGAACGGCAAGGAGACCCGACCGAUUUACGCCAUUACCGGUACCGGUCACCACAGUAAGAACGGCAAGGACAAGGUCGGCAAGGCGAUUCGUAACUUCUUGAACGAGUGGAGGUACGCUUACCGCGAAUUCUCCGUCCCUGGAGAUCGCAACAAUAUGGGCGGCAUCUUGGGCAUCGAUGCUCGAAGCUACGACAAGUCGUUGGCGCGUGAAGGAACGUCGAGUGCAGACGACAGUAAAGAGGAGGUUGAUAUCUUGAGUCAGGGUGUGGAGAUUGGGGACGGCAAAGUCAGGAUGCUUGUUAGGGAUCCUCCGAAGGGGCCUAGUGGGCGGCGAUGA